AGUGUCACUAUAACAGAAGGACAUAAUCAGGGUGGUAAUUCUGCAGAACCUUACAGCCAGUCUCGGCCACCAGGGAGCUCAUUUCUUCUGUACGCUUUUCUGAGGUGCAAAGUCCACUGUCAACAUGUCUGACACAGAGGAAGUCGAAGGCGAGGGAGAAGCCCACAGGCCACAGUUCAAGGCACCAAAGAUUCCUGAUGGCGAGAAAGUUGACUUUGAUGACAUUCAGAAGAAACGUCAGAACAAGGAUCUUGUUGAGCUGCAGGCCCUGAUCGAUGCGCACUUUGAGCAUAGAAAGAAGGAGGAGGAGGAACUCAUCGCCCUCAAAGAAAGAAUUGAGAAGCGUAGGGCUGAGAGGGCUGAGCAGAACAGGAUCCGUAGCGAGAAGGAGAAGGAGCGUGCAGCCAGACGUGAGGAGGAGAGGCUGAAGAGGGAGGAGGCAGAUGCCAAGAAGAAGGCUGAUGAGGAUGCGAAGAAGAAGUCUGCCCUGUCCAGCAUGGGCUCCAACUACAGCAGCCAUCUGCAGAAGGCUGACUCAAAGAGAGGCGGGAAGAAGGAAACUGAGAGAGAGAAGAAGAAGAAGAUCCUGGCAGGCAGACGCAAGGUCCUGAACAUCGACCAUCUGAAUGAAGAAAAACUGAAGGAGAAGGCAAAGGAGCUGCAUGAAUGGAUGAAGACGCUGGAGUCUGAGAAGUUUGAUAACAUGGAGAGGCUGAAGAGGCAGAAGUAUGAGGUCACAACCCUGCGUAAGAGAGUGGAGGAGCUGAGUAAAUUCUCUAAGAAGGGUAAAACCGUCCGCAGAAAGUAAGCGGUCCCGUUCUGCUGCUUGGCGCCCAGACUGCCACUGUACUACCGGACACAGGCCUAAUGCAGCAACAACACACACUUACGCUAAAGUCAUGGCUCAGACAACUAAGUUUUACUGUUUGCUGAUUCAUCCAAGACGUGCCUCAGUCCACAGCACGGAGCCAUUAGCUGCUGUUGUAGGAAUUAUCCUUCUUCCUUUCUCGCCCUGGACUGUUUGGUUCUCAGUAUUUUUGUAAAUAAAGUGUGACUCUUCAA